AUGUGCCCCGAACAGGACGAGGAUCAAGCGACCGCGGCCGCUCAGCAGGACCAGGACGCGGCGGCGGCCGCUGGUAUCUUGCCCGCUGAGCAUUGGGUGCAGGCGGCACGAGAGGCUGCUAAUGACGGCGACAACGACUCGGCGCUAGGCGACGACAACGCCAGUUCUACUGCGUCGAUCACCUCUACUAUUCUCGAGUACCGAAAGAUUCACGGACGCACGUUUCACGGCGAGGUCGGAAAUGCCCAGUACUGGGGGAGCAACGACGAGCAGCAGAAUGAGUGCUGGGACAUCAAUCACCAUCUUUUGACUCUUUCUUGCGGCGACAAACUUCACUUGGCACCGAUAGACAAGAGCAAGCUGACCAAAGCCCUGGAUGUUGGAACUGGAACUGGCAUCUGGGCCAUUGACUUCGCAGAUGAGAACCCGGAAUGCGAGGUUAUCGGAACCGACAUCUCGCCCAUUCAGCCAACAUGGGUCCCUCCUAACUGCAAGUUCGAGAUCGAGGAUUGCACCCGCGAGUGGACCUUUGCUCCUGGAACCUUCGACUACGUCCACAUCCGCUUCCUCGUCGGAAGUAUCGCGGAUUGGCCAGAGCUGUUCAAGCAGGCCUACGCGGCUCUCAAGCCAGGUGGCUACCUCGAGAGUUUCGAAGUCUCUCCCGCCAUCAUGAGUGACGACGACACCGUCCCGGAGACCAGUGCGCUGGGUCAGUGGGGCAAGUUCUUCGAGGAGGGCGGCCGGAAGAUGGGCCGGACCUUCCGCGUUCUCGAUGAGAAUCUCCAAAAGACCUCCAUGGAGGGAGCUGGCUUCGAGAACAUUACGGAGUGGAACAACAAGGCACCUAUUGGCAACUGGCCUAAGGACCCGGUGAAGAGAGAAAUUGGCGAAUGGGCACAAUUGACUCUUCUGUCCGAUAUCGAGGGCUAUGUCCUCUUCAUGGCCAACGUCAUGUCAACUUGGAGCAGGGAGGAGAUUCAAAUCUACGCCGCUCAGCUCCGCCGCGAGAUCCGCUCUGGCAAGCUGCAUGGGUACUACCGUCAGAGGUGUGUUUGGGGACGGAAGCCCCUCGAUCCCAUCUCGGCACCAGAGCAGUAG